CCCGCUAGGGGCUCCCGCUCCGGUUGAGGAGGAAGGUGCAGGUCUUUCCUGCCCCUGGCCCGUUACCCGCCGGCCGGUUCCGUGCUUGGCGCCCGCCCCGCCACCCUCGGGAGGAGCUACACGCCGCCGCCCGUCUGCGCGCCGCAGCCGCAUCGCCGCGUGGAGGGAGACCUGCAGCCCGUCGCUCUCGCCGCCUCGCGGGUGUCGCUGCGCCCCCGCGCCAUGAGCGCGCGCCUGCCGCUCUUCCUGCGCGGGCUCCGCCGCCCGCCGCGGCCCCCGGGCCCGCCGCUCCGCCUCCAAGCGCCCGGUCGCGCCAGCAGCAGCGGCCGUGGCGGCGGAGGUGGCGGCGGGGAGGGCCUGCUCGGGCAGCGGCGGCUGCAGGACGCCCAGGCCGGGAACAGUCGCGGCCAGGGCAGCCGGGCGCCUUCGGCGCGGGACUCGAUCGUCAGAGAAGUCAUUCAGAAUUCGAAAGAGGUUCUGAGUUUAUUGCAAGAAAAAAACCCUGCCUUUAAGCCGGUACUGGCUAUUAUACAGGCAGGUGAUGAUAACUUGAUGCAGGAGAUAAACCAGAAUCUGGCGGAGGAGGCUGGUCUGAACAUCACUCACAUCUGCCUUCCUCCAGAUAGCAGCGAAGAUGAGAUUAUAGAUGAAAUCUUGAAGAUUAACGAAGACACCCGAGUACAUGGCCUUGCCCUUCAGAUCUCCGAGAACUCAUUUAGCAACAAAGUCCUCAAUGCCUUGAAACCAGAAAAGGAUGUGGAUGGAGUAACAGAUGUAAACCUGGGGAGGCUGGUCCGCGGGGAUGCCCACGAGUGUUACGUCUCACCUGUGGCCAGAGCUGUAGUUGAACUUCUUGAAAAGUCAGGUGUCAACUUGGAUGGAAAAAAGGUCUUGGUAAUAGGAGCCCAUGGGUCUUUGGAAGCCGCCCUGCAAUGCCUGUUCCAGAGAAGAGGGUCCAUGACAAUGAGCUCCCAGUGGAAAACACCUCAGCUUCAAAGCAAGCUUCACGAGGCUGAUAUCACGGUCGUAGGCUCUCCCAAGCCAGAAGACAUUCCCCUUUCGUGGAUACAACCAGGAACUACAGUUCUCAACUGUUCCCAUGACUUCCUAUCAGGGAGGCUUGGAUGUGGUUCUCUUGGGGUUCAUUUUAAUGGUCUCAUUGCAGAGGAUGAUGUGAGUCUCCUUGCUGCGGCUCUGCGGAUUCAGAACAUGGUCAGCAGUGGAAGGAGAUGGCUACGGGAGCAGCAGCACGCAAGGUGGAGACUUCACUGCCUGAAACUCCAGCCUCUCUCCCCCGUCCCGAGUGAUCUUGAGAUUUCAAGAGCACAGACUCCAAAAGCCGUGGAUGUCCUUGCCAAGGAGAUAGGAUUGCUUGCAGAUGAAAUUGAAGUCUAUGGCAGAAGCAAAGCCAAAGUACGUUUGUCCCUGCUGGAAAGGUUAAAGGAUCAAGCAGAUGGAAAAUACGUUUUAGUAGCUGGGAUCACACCCACGCCUCUCGGGGAAGGGAAAAGUACAGUUACAGUUGGGCUUGUACAGGCUUUGACUGCACACCUCAACAUCAACUCCUUUGCGUGUCUCAGACAGCCUUCUCAAGGACCAACUUUUGGCGUGAAAGGAGGGGCCGCGGGCGGCGGAUAUGCCCAGGUCAUCCCCAUGGAGGAGUUCAACCUUCACUUGACCGGGGACAUCCACGCCAUCACUGCCGCCAAUAACCUGCUGGCCGCCGCUAUUGACACAAGGAUUUUGCACGAAAACACUCAAACAGACAAGGCGCUGUAUAAUCGACUCGUUCCUUUAGUGAAUGGUGUUCGAGAGUUUUCAAGCAUUCAACUUGCUCGGCUGAAAAAACUGGGAAUAAAUAAGACCGAUCCAAGUACGCUGACGGAGGAGGAAAUAAGUAAAUUCGCCCGUCUCAACAUCGAGCCCUCCACCAUCACGUGGCAGCGAGUAUUGGACACAAAUGACCGAUUUCUACGAAAAAUGACGAUUGGGCAGGCGCACACAGAGAAGGGGUAUUCCCGGCAGGCACAAUUUGACAUCGCAGUGGCCAGCGAGAUCAUGGCAGUGCUGGCCUUGACCGACAGCCUCACGGACAUGAAGGAGCGGCUGGGAAGGAUGGUGGUGGCCAGUGACAAAAAUGGGCAACCCGUGACAGCAGAAGAUUUGGGGGUCACAGGCGCAUUGACAGUUUUGAUGAAAGAUGCAAUAAAACCAAAUCUGAUGCAGACCCUAGAAGGAACACCUGUGUUUGUGCACGCUGGCCCCUUUGCUAACAUUGCCCAUGGCAACUCUUCAGUGCUGGCUGACAAAAUCGCGUUGAAACUGGUUGGUGAAGAAGGAUUUGUGGUAACUGAAGCCGGCUUUGGUGCUGAUAUUGGAAUGGAGAAAUUUUUCAACAUCAAGUGUCGAGCGUCCGGCUUGGUGCCCAACGUGGUGGUGUUGGUGGCCACCGUGCGGGCUCUGAAGAUGCACGGAGGCGGCCCGAGCGUAACUGCUGGUGUCCCACUUAAGAAAGAAUAUACAGAGGAGAACAUCCAGCUGGUGGCAGACGGCUGCUGUAACCUUCAGAAGCAGAUUCAGAUUGCUCAGCUCUUUGGGGUCCCCGUUGUCGUGGCUCUGAAUGUCUUCAAGACCGACAGCCGCGCGGAGAUUGACUUGGUGUGUGAGCUGGCGAAGCGGGCCGGCGCCUUUGAUGCGGUCCCCUGCUAUCACUGGUCAGUCGGUGGGAAAGGGUCAGUAGACCUGGCUCGGGCUGUGAGAGAAGCUGCAGGUCAAGGAAGCCGUUUCCGAUUCCUCUACGACCUCCAGCUUCCAAUUGUAGAAAAGAUAAGAACCAUCGCGCAGGCUGUAUAUGGAGCCAAAGAUAUCGAACUGUCUCCUGAGGCACAAUCCAAAAUAGAUCGUUACACACAACAGGGAUUUGGAAAUCUGCCCAUCUGCAUGGCAAAGACUCACCUUUCUCUGUCUCACCAACCUGACAAGAAAGGCGUACCCAGAGAUUUCAUUUUGCCCAUCAGUGAUGUCCGGGCCAGCAUAGGCGCUGGGUUCAUCUACCCUCUGGUCGGAACGACCCCAGCCACGUGAACUCUGACUGCGUCCCAUGCAUUGCACGUGGGCUCCAGUGCCUGGAAACAGUGGAUGGUUAUUUCUGAUUGCGCGUUUGCAGUUUUUGGUGAGGUUCUAAGGGACAUCCACGUAGCACUGAGGAACAAGUUUACUCUCAGGCAUGGCUGCAUAAAAGAGGUGAUUGCUGCUAACCAGAUAACACAGUCCUGAUUCACUCCCCUGGCAGCGGAGGAGGCUUCUGGGGAAACAAACCAGGAUAACAGCUAGAAUGUAGAUCUCCCAGCAGUGCUGUGUUUUUGAUCAGAUCACAAGACGACAAAAGAAAGUUUAUGCUGUCCCCCGUCUGUGGCAACAGAGGCAUGACUGACCGCCCGAACCCGCUGAAGUUAAAAAGCCACAUUGUGACUUUGCGGGGCACCGAUGCCUUGUGCCUAGUGACCCAUUAAGGGGAACUUGAGCCAAGAUCUUAUCUUGGAUGAAGAUGGAGACACCUCAGGAUUUUCCAGUAUCGUUUUUCACUUUUAUUCUUGGAUGUGGUUAGUAACGCUACCGGGGCUUUCAAAUCCUGAGGCAUUUCCUCAUGGCUCCAAGUAGCUGCUGCAGAUCAGUGUCUUGAACUGAGGAUCCAGUUACAACGUCCAUAUGCUUCCCAGCCCACUCUCUGACCUUUGUUCUUUUUCAGGACUUUUUCGGGCUUUUAAUGUUUCCAUUCGCUAAUCCCAGGAGACUCUGUCAAUACUCUGAGUACACAGCCCAAGUUAUUUCUUUCAGAAGUUAACUCGAAAUUUCUUAAGCUUCUUGGGAAUUGCAUAAAUUUUUUAACUUAAAAAUCAUUUACUUACAACGUUAAGACAGUGAAACUGGACAGAACAGGAACGGUAAAACUUCAAGGACGGUUUUCCGUAGGCCAGAAAGUAACCACUUGCCCCACACUUAGCAUUGUCAACAGUGAUACAUUCAUGGUUUGGACCAUCAGUAUCCUUAAGAAUGACAUCAAUACUUGUCCACAGCCUUAUUUCUUUUGAACUCGGCUCGGUUUCUUUGAAGCAGUGAUCAUGGUAUCCAGCUUUGAUUCCUUUCCUGUGGACCUGUGCCAGUGUGCCUGAUUUCAUUAAAUUUUUGGAAAGGACUAAAACUAUGGUAUCGUUUUAUUGCAGUCCUUGCAUCAAUCAUACUUUGGGAUGGUCUUGGU